UCUUAUCUCAAACCUUGGGAUAGUUCUUAUUUCCCUCAGGUAGAUAUAAGAGAAGAGUCUCUCUCUCACACCAACACGCAUCCACAUUCUCUUCCUAUCUGUAGGAACCUAUUCCUUUUGCAUUUGAGGAAUAUAGUCAAGGAUUGGAAUCAUGGGGAAAUUCGACGCAAGGAAUGUCCCGGCAUGCCCCAAAUACCUCCUCUUCGUCUUCAACCUCAUCGUCCUGAUCGGAGGCUUGGUCCUGACAAUCAUAGGGAUAGUGGCAGUGGCGAAUGAGGACUAUUUUAAGGGCGAGGAGUUCGUAGAUCAUGACAUGUUCAGGGCUGGAGCCAUCGUCAUCAUCGUCGUCGGUGUCAUCACCGUCUUCUUCUCUUUUUUCGGAUGCUGCGGAGCCAUCAAGGAAUCCAAAUGUCUUCUCAUGACCUACGCCGUGCUGACUACGUUGGCCCUUAUUGGAAUUGGAACAGUCGCGAUCCUGGGAUUCGUCUUCAAGGCGGAUAUCGUGCAAGAAAUGAAGGUUGCUUUAGAGGACAAAAUGAAAAACUAUAAUGAUAAACUCAACAAAGAAGCCUGGGACAACCUGCAACAAAACUGCGAAAACCCAUCUGUGGAGAACGGAAACAUCUACACGUCCGGGUGCAUGGAUAUCGUCUAUAAAUUGGAAAAGUAUGCUGGAACUCUGGCCAUCGUUGCCCUCGUCUUCGCUAUCCUCAUGAUUCUAGGCGUGAUACUUGCUUGCAUCGUGGGGUGUGCUGCAUAAAAUCUUCAUUCUGGAUCCCCUUCCAGCUUAAACAAUUUCCGUCAUGGUUGCAGAAAAAAAAGCCUGUAAACUUGUCUUUGUCCUUGAAUAAUGAAACCCAUCUCAUUUAAGUCCUUGAUUCAUUGGCUCCCAGAGUACUGAAAAACUGUCAAUUAACCGAGAAUGUCAUAGACAUUACAACGUCAAACGAAAUUCAACCAUGAGGCUGAGAGAACUGCGGGAUAGGAACUUAAAAAAAUGUUCUGGAAACACUAGUUAUGUACUAAUAAAUCAUGUGUAAGCCAC